GGUAAGCAGUCAUGACAGGAUGCAACAUUACAGUUCAACCGUACGCAUUUUAUCCUACUGUUCAGAUGGAAUUACUCCCAGGCCUUCCUUUUGGCUGGGGAACGAAACCUUGAGGGUUCCAGCUGCGCUCUUCACCUUGAACAGAACUCGCUUGUGUGAUCGGCUAAGAUCAAACAAGGAUGUGCCCAAGAAAUCUCUUGUCCUCCUGCAAGGCGGGGAGCAGACCAACAGAUACUGCACUGACACAGGAGUUAUCUUCCGCCAGGAGUCCUACUUCCAUUGGACUUUUGGAGUGACUGAGGCAGACUGUUAUGGAGCAAUUGAGGUUGACAGUGGAAACGCUCUUCUCUUCAUCCCGAGACUCCCUGAAAGCUACGCGGUGUGGAUGGGAAAGAUCCAGCCUCCUGAACACUUCAAGCAGAAGUAUGCUGUCAAUGAAGUACAUUAUACAGAUGAGCUCUCCAGUGUUUUGGCUUUAAAGAAUCCUACAGUCCUUCUCACUCUGCGAGGAGUGAACACUGACAGUGGAAGUGUAACCAGGGAAGCUUCGUUUGAAGGAAUCAGCCAGUUUACUGUAAACAACACAGUUCUUCAUCCGGAGAUUGCUGAAUGCCGCGUGAUUAAGACGGACAUGGAGUUGGAAGUCCUCCGCUAUACCAAUAAAAUUUCCAGUGAAGCUCAUAAAGAGGUAAUGAAGGCCACAAAAGUGGGCAUAAAGGAAUAUGAGCUGGAGAGCCUGUUCCAACACUAUUGCUACACUCGUGGGGGCAUGCGACACACUUCCUACACGUGCAUCUGCGGCAGUGGACAUAAUAGCUCAGUUUUGCACUAUGGCCACGCUGGAGCUCCAAAUGAGAAAACCAUUGAAGACGGUGAUUUGUGCUUAUUUGACAUGGGAGGCGAAUACUAUUGCUACGGCUCGGACAUCACCUGUACAUUUCCGGCGAAUGGAAAGUUCACUCCUGACCAGAGGGCCAUCUACAAAGCUGUGCUGAAGUCAUCCCGAGCUGUGCUGAAGGCAGUCAAGCCAGGAAUCGCCUGGCCUGACAUGCACCGUCUGGCGGACCGAGUCCAUCUGGAAGAGCUCACAAAAAUUGGCAUCCUCCGAGGCAGUGUUGAUGACAUGGUGAAGGUUCAUUUGGGUGCCUUGUUUAUGCCCCAUGGGCUUGGCCACCUCCUUGGAAUCGAUGUGCAUGAUGUGGGAGGCUACCCGGAGGGUGUGGAGCGCAUUGAGCUGCCAGGACUCCGGAGUUUGCGAACUGCCCGUGUCCUUGCUCAAGGGAUGGUGCUGACUGUUGAGCCUGGCAUCUAUUUCAUUGACCACCUGUUGGACCAGGCCCUGGCUGAUCCUGCCCAAGCUUGUUUCAUCAAUAAUGAAGUCCUUUCACGCUUCCGAGGGUUUGGUGGGGUGCGAAUUGAGGAGGACAUUGCAGUGACAGUCAAUGGGAUGGAGCUGCUGACCUGCGUCCCCCGAACUGUAGAGGAAAUUGAAUCAUUUAUGGCUGGAACUCAGGGGAGCACCAAAUCCUUUCCUUCUGUCUACAGCCAAAAGCCAUAAACAUGAAGAUACUGGUUCUCCUCUGGCUGGCUCUGCAGGUGCCCCAGUAGGAUCAAGCACUCUUUAUCACAUGCCAUAUUAAAAAAUCUUGUAAACUCAGAUGACGUAAGCGGCUCAUAGCCUUAGCCUAGUUGUUUCUUGCCCCAUUUAAAGGAGCCCUAUCCUACUGAUGCAAAGAAUCUGUUUGAAUAAUGGGUGUAGCCCGUUUGGGAGACUCUAAUUUUAAGCAAAUUUUUAAAUUAAUUGAUUAGAAGAUGAUGAUUCUGAUUUAAAAUAGAUCAUUACCUUGGAGACUGUUGGCUUUAUAAAUGUAUAAAUAAAAGCUUUGCCUUAAAAAUCA